UGAAAAGUUCACAUACUCCGUGGCCAUAUACAGUACGUUUUUAAAAUACGUAAUAAUUUAGGAUAUUUAAUUGUUGCAUCGGUAUGUUGAAAAUGCCACGUGCGUUGAAUCCACAACAAAAAAAAGCAAACAAUUAUUUUGAUUGACGUUCAGAAACCUUUAUCUGUCAUAGGACAGGAAGAGCGAAACGGGGGGGGGGUUUUGAAGCUAGCGAAUAUAGAUUUACAGCGCAAUCUGUACCGUUUGUAUUGUGUUUUUAUAAUCAUGACAUCUACCCUUGAUGAUAGCGAAAAAGAAAAGGCACACUCUGUGUCUGUGGACCUAAACAACGACGCCUCUCUACUCAUCGACAUUCCUGAUGCACUCUGUGAACGAGACAAAGUCAAGUUCACUGUCCACACCAAGACCACCCUGAGCUCCUUCCAGAAGCCAGACUUCUCUGUUCCUAGGCAACAUGAGGACUUUAUCUGGCUCCAUGACACGCUGGUUGAAACUGAAGACUAUGCUGGGCUCAUUAUCCCUCCAGCCCCCCCGAAGCCAGACUUUGAGAGCCCCAGGGAGAAGAUGCAUAAACUGGGAGAGGGAGAAGCCACCAUGACCAAGGAGGAAUACACCAAGAUGAAGCAGGAGUUAGAAGCUGAGUACCUGGCUGUAUUCAAGAAGACUGUUCAAGUCCACGAAGUAUUCUUGCAGCGACUAUCUUCUCACCCCAUCCUGAGCAAGGACAGAAACUUCCAGAUAUUCCUGGAGUAUGACCAGGAUCUGAGCGUACGGAGGAAAAAUGCCAAGGAGACGUUUGGAAGUUUCUUUAAGAAUAUGGUGAAGAGUGCUGACGAGGUCAUCAUCUCAGGGAUAAAGGAAGUAGAUGAUUUCUUUGAGCAGGAGAAGACCUUCCUGCUUGAUUAUUCGUCUAAGAUCAAAGACUCCACUGCCAGGGCAGAGAAGAUGACCCGCUCCCACAAAAAUGUUGCUGACGAUUACAUCCACAUCUCUUCCACUUUGAACAGUCUCUCUGUCGAUGACAACACAGCACUUAAAAAGCACCUUGAGAAGUUAGCCGACCUGUUUGAGAAACUAAGGAAGGUGGAGGGCAGAGUGGCGUCAGACGAGGAGCUGAAGCUCACCGAGCUGCUCCGAUACUACAUGAGGGACAUCCAGGCAGCUAAGGACCUGUUAUACAGGCGGGCUCGGGCCCUGGCUGACUAUGAGAACAGUAACAAGGCUCUGGACAAGGCCCGGCUGAAGAGUAAAGACAUCAGUCUGGCUGAGGAGCACCAACAACAAUGUCUGCAGAAGUUUGACAAGCUCUCCGAGUCGGGAAAAAGAGAGCUGACCAGUUUUAAGGGCAGGAGAGUGGUGGCUUUCCGUAAGAACCUGAUAGAGAUGGCUGAACUGGAGAUCAAGCAUGCUAAGAACAACAUGUCUCUGCUGCAGGGCUGCAUUGAGCUUCUCAAGAGCAGCUGAGCCACCGGUCUCCUAGCAACCCUCCCAGACCUCCAGACCAGACCACUGAGCAGCUAGCCUGGGCGCCAGACCACCAGACCAGACCACUGACCAGCUAGCCUGGGCGCCAGACUGUUUGUGCUCUCUUGCAACUCCUUAUGGAAUCGUCAUGCAAAACAAUGACUGGAGUAGGCAAAAUCACAAACUGAUCUGGGACCAGGAUACUGACCAGCAACCUUUUUGAGAAGGAAACCUGGAUACCCCUGCUCUCCACCCCACGUGUGUCAAACUCAUUCCACGGAGGGCCGAGUGUCUGCGGGUUUUCGCUCCACUCUUGUUCUUGAUUGAUGAAUUAAGGUCACUGAUUAGUCAGGAACUCCCCUCACCUGGUUACCUAGGUCUUAAUUGAAAGGAAAAGCCAAAAACCUGCUGACACUUGGCCCUCCAUGGAAUGAGUUUGACACCCCUGCUUACUCCCGAGGGGACCUGGGUACCCAUGCCCUCCACCCUCUACCCCCAAGGGGACCUGGGUACCCAUGCCCUCCACCCUCUACCCCCAAGGGGACCUGGAUACCCAUGCCCUCCACCCUCUACCCCCAAGGGGACCUGGAUACCCAUGCCCUCCACCCUCUACCCCCAAGGGGACCUGGGUACCCAUGGCCUCCCCUCUCUACCCCCAAGGGGACCUGGGUACCCAUGCCCUCCACCCUCUUCCCCCAAGGGGACCUGGGUACCCAUGCCCUCCACACUCUACCCCCAAGGGGACCUGGGUACCCAUGCCCUCCACCCUCUACCCCCAAGGGGACCUGGGUACCCAUGCCCUCCACCCUCUUCCCCCAGGGGAACCUGGGUCGUGUUUAUUAGGGCACACGGUAGAAAAACUUCCCUUUGCAACAGAAAAUGAAAAUAAGCAUUUCUUAUUGGUGAAGAUUAGAUAGUCCCUCCCUGUUUCACUCAUUUGCGGAGUGUUUCGUGCCUUGAACCUGAUCCUGGAUACCCCCUUCCUCCACGCCAAAAAGGGUCAGAUGCCACUUCAGAAACCUGCACAAGAACCUGCAGAUGUCUGUUUGCAGUUUGUCUGUCUCACUCUCUCUGUCUGUUUGGAUGUUUAGAGUCUCUGUCCACCUGCCCCUCCAUGUCUCCUUCUACCCCUCCAUGUCUCCUUCUACCCCUCCAUGUCUCCUUCUACCCCCUCCAUGUCUCCUUCUACCCCCUCCAUGUCUCCUUCUACCCCCUCCAUGUCUCCUUCUACCCCCUCCAUGUCUCCUUCUAUCCCCUCCAUGUCUCCUCCUACCCCCUCCAUGUCUCCUUCUAUCCCCUCCAUGUCUCCUUCUACCCCUCCUCCAUGUCUCCUUCUACCCCUCCUCCAUGUCUCCUUCUACCCCUCCCCCAUGUCCCAUGGAACACUCACCUUUUGUGGUGACAGCGUUCCGGAACAGGGAGAAUCCAGCAGCCUGCCCUGUCUUCCUCUUCCUGUCUGUGUUCCGGAACAGGGAGAAUCCAGCAGCCUGCCCUGUCUUCCUCUUCCUGUCUGUGUUCCGGAACAGGGAGAAUCCAGCAGCCUGCCCUGUCUUCCUAUUCCUGUCUGUGUUCCGGAACAGGGAGAAUCCAGCAGCCUGCCCUGUCUUCCUCUUCCUGUCUGUUUUUGAAUCAUGGGUUUUUUCUAUUCUGGAUGAAUUACACUUGUAUUCUUGUA